AUGGGAAACUUUGAGGGUCAUCUGUACCCAGGGCUGUGUUUCUUCUUCUAUGGACUUUAUUACGCACGACUCGCUUUCAGGGCCUUGAUAUGCAACUGCCCCGUUCAGUGUCUGCCAAGCUGUCCUUGGAGCAAAGGGAGAUGGGCCAAGCUGCAGCAAGUAUACUAUGUUGGGUUGGUGAAGAUACUGAGCACCUGCAUUUUAGUAGCCCAAGAGCUGCAUAGCAUUCCUCUACAGUUUGUACUUAUCACCAACAUGUAUCAUCAGAAGAAUUUUUUGUACCGCAAGCCAUGGCAGCACCUCACUAUGUAUAUGUCCUUCUUCCUGAGCGGGUGUGUGGAUGUGGUGAGCCAGAACCUGCUGCCCCAGAGGUGUGCUGCUCUGGAGCAAGGUGCCCAAGCCCUGAGCGUGUUUCUGCUUGCGCCCAUGAUGGUGUCUCACAUACAGGACCUAGAUGGAGUGGAGCUGCGGGCUCACAUCCUGCUCACCCAGGCCAUCUUCCUGCUGAUGCUCGUGGUCAUUGCGGAGCUCUGGGCUCCCAACGUGCUGCAGCUCUGGGUGAUGAAGGCCUUUCUGUAUAUGAUCGUUGGCUCUUGGCUGAUACAGCUCGGCUUUAUGCUGUACAAGCCAAUCUCAGGCUAUAAGUGGAUGGACGAUGACAAAAACGACAUUCUAUUUGUCACCACCUUCUUCUGUUGGCAUGUGGUUUUCAUUGCCAUUUUGAUGAUCUGGAUCUAUGGCUUCUCCUUUUGGUGGUAUUGUUACAUCUGUUGAUGUCUGAACCUGAGAGAACCCAGAAUGGUUCCUGUCACCUGCACGUUCUGGAACACCUGGCUGAGAAACUGAGGGAAGUGGAGC